AAUUUAUGGUCGGAGUCCGAGGUGUAGAUCACGUGACAGCGUGUGUCUUGCCACUCUUACUGGUCGCGUCAUCAACCUCUUGGUUCCAACUCUCUUUAUAUCUGUCUUUUGCCUUCAAUUUUACCUAAUAAACCCAAUCGUAAAGUCAGUUAGCAAAGCAAACCCUACCUUAGUCAUGCCCCCCAAAAAGCGCACCGCGGCCGAGGCCGUAGAGAAUCCAGAGACCAGCAGAAGCUCGCGCCGCAGGUCCAAUCGCAUCGGCUCGACCGGAACAAAGAGCAACUACUUUGAAGGCGGCAAAGACGACGACAAUGAUAGUGAGAAUACUACCGACAAUUUGGCAAAAUCAACGCCGCGGCCUAGAAAAGCGGUUAAGCUGCAAGCUGCUAGUACGCCUGCUUCUUCUGGACGGAGGAAGAAGGCACCGCUGAAGAAAGAGGAAUCGGUCGAUGAGUUGCAGGAUGACGUUGAUGAUGACGACGAUACUGAUGUGUUUGUGGAUGAUGGGGAUGAUGGUAGUGUGGUAGAUGAAGAUGAUUUCGCAUCGGACGAUGAUGAGUCGAAAAGUGAGGCCACAGCGUCGCCGCCACCGUCGGCGUCUAAGCGCGGACGCGGGAGGCCGGCUAAACAGAAGGAAGCGCCGAAGAAGUCUGGGAAGGCGAAAUCUAAGACUUUGGAUAAACCUACGGUGACUUCCAAGGCAAAGACUAGUACUAACUCUAAGCCGAAAGCGAAAGCGAAAGUUGCAUCGGAAGAACCGGAAGUGGAUGACGACGAUGAUGAUGAAGAUGAAGAUGAGAAUCGGAUUACCUUUAUUCCUGCGAUUCAACUGAGGGAUCUUGACGGUGUCGACUAUGAGGAUGAUCAACUCCAUAAGAAUACUAUAUUAUUCUUGAAAGAUCUCAAAGCCAAUAACAAUAGGAAUUGGCUAAGGGCCAACGACGAGGAAUACAGGAGAGCCUGGAAGGACUGGGAAUCAUUUGUGGAGACCAUCACCGAGAAGAUCAUCGAGGCCGAUGAGACGAUCCCGGAGCUUCCGGUGAAAGAUGUCAUCUUUAGGAUAUACAGAGAUAUCCGGUUUAGCAAGGACCAGACUCCGUAUAAGCCUCACUUCGCCGCUGCAUGGUCACGAACCGGCCGAAAGGGACCCUAUGCCUGUUAUUACGUACAAAUGGAACCAGGCCACUGCAUGGUCGGCGGCGGCCUCUGGCACCCCGAAGGCGACUCCCUGGCCCGGCUGCGCGCCAGCAUCGACGAGCGGCCCCGGCGCAUCCGCCGCGUCCUGAUGAACCCGGUCUUCUGCCGGACGUUUCUGCCGGGCGCGAAGGUCGGCAACGAGAAGUCCGUGCUCGCGGCGUUUGCGGAGGCCAAUAAGGGGAAUGCGCUGAAGACGAAGCCGAAGGGCUUCCACCCCGAACACGCAGACAUCGCGCUCCUGAAGCUACGCAACUACACCGUCAGCACGAAGCUCAAGGACUCGGACCUCACCGCGCCGAACGCGCAGGAAAAAAUCAUCAAGAUCAUCUCCGCCAUGGUCCCUUUCGUAAGUGCUGAAAUUCCAAUUUUCCCAACAAAGUAUAAGUCCAACCGACAUACGCCGGGGACGUGUCAGCAGCUAGCUAAUAUGGUGGAUGUUCGUGUGUGCAGGUCACGUUCUUGAACAAUACCGUCAGGCCGGAUCCUAAUGCUGAUAGUGAGUCUGAGUCUGAUGAUGAUGGUAAUGGCGGCAAUGGUGCUGCGGAGGAGGAAGAUGAGGACGACGACGAAGAGCAGGGCGAUCAAGAGGAUAGCGCGUAAGUUUUUUUGUAUUAAAGGAAAACGGGGGUGAGCAAAGCAGUAGUACCUACCUACAUAAUAUCAUCCGUGGAUGCCAGCACGAGUUAUGCUUGCCAUCAUAAAUAGCAAGCUUGGGUCGACUCGCAUCGCAUUGAUGUUGUCGAGAUUGAAUACGUGAUAUAAUUCCAAGUUGUAUACCUAUCUAGGUACCUACCUAACCUAGGGCAUUGAGCAAGCUACAUAGCUUGUUCAUCGUGGCCGUGGGGGGUUAAGGUAAGAGGUAGGGAGAAGAUGGUGAAACCAGGUUACCUACCUAGGUAGGUACCUUAACCAAUAUUCAUCACUCUUCUACCGACGUUAUCUUGUACC